GACGUGAAGCACCACCGCACCCCCCGUAGACCAACGCGCAACACCGUCCUGCGCCUACGAGACAUUGCAAUUUUGCGUCGACCUUCGCCAACGACGUUCUUGCCUAUUACUCCCCGCCCAGUUCGCGGCUACUCGACGGUCCCCAAGCAUGCGCCCUCACCCUUGAAUACGAACGCCGAACUCGUUGCUGCCGGCCGCAGCACGCCCAGCCAACAUGAGCGGGUGGAAAGAAACCUUUACAGCCGAGGGCAAGCCUUAUUACUACAAUUCAGAAGGUGAAACGCAAUGGGAGAAGCCAGACGGAUUCUCGCAACCUACCACCCCUGCAACGCCUGCAGCCCCUCAACCGGACGGCGCGGGUGUAUGGAGCGAGGCACAUGCCGACAAUGGCAGGCCGUACUACUACAACACUGUUACAAAGGAAACGAGAUGGGAGGCACCUCCUGGCUUCGUCAGACCACUGCCGGUUGCCCGUCCUGCCCCAGCGUUUGUUGCCGGCGGCGCGCAGAACUUUGAGGACGAUAAUAACAACAGCAACAACUAUCGCCCCAGGGAGCGUCGCAGGGAUGACCGUGAUCAUGGUCUGCCGCAGAAGCUUGGUGGAGGCACGCCGUGGGAGCAUAGACAAGACAAUAUGGGCUUCCGCGGAGCCAUGCCAAUCAAAUCUGACGAGCCCGAAUACUCCUCCUACGAACAAGCCGAAGAAGCGUUCUUCAAGAUGCUGAACAAGCACAACAUCUCCCCAGACGCCACUUGGGAAUCAGCGCUGCGUGACAUUGUACGCGAUCGCGAGUACCGGGCUCUCAAAGAUCCAAAAGAGCGGAAGGCAGCGUUUGAGAAGUACUGUGUUGAGAAGCGUGCGCAAGAGAAAGAGAAGGAGAAGGAGCGCCGUGAAAAGCUGAGAGAGGACUUCCGCAAGAUGCUGAGCACGCACGAAGACAUCCUACACUACACCCGUUGGAAGACUGCGCGACCGAUCAUCGAGCGCGAAGCCGUGUUCAGGGAGGCGGGGAACGACGAUGAGCGACGACACCUGUUCGAUGAAUACAUCUUCGAGCUGAAGAAGAAGCACGCCGAGGAGGACAUGGCGCAACGCCAGAGCGCUUUGCAAGAUCUCGAUGCCUUGCUACAAGCGUUGGUCGCUGACCCGAACACCAAAUGGGAUCAAGCACGUGAGAGUGUCACGAAUAACGAGAGAUUCGUCACGGAUCCAAAGUUCAAGACACUCAACAAUGUCGACGUAUUGACGGCCUUCGAUAGCCACGUCAAAUCUUUGGAUCGUAUCGCGAAUGAUGCAAAGCAGCGCGACAAGCGACUUCAUACUCGGCGAGUACGUCAAGCUCGCGACAGUUUCAAACAGCUCCUGCAGCAAAUGCACAGUCAAGGAAAGAUUAAGGCCGGGACGAGGUGGCACGACUUCCAUCCUCUCAUUGCCGAGGAUGAACGAUACCUCAACCUCAUCGGAACACCUGGAAGUAGUGCUCUGGACUUAUUCUGGGACGUGGUCGAGGAAGAGGAGCGCAAGAUUCGAUCCCUACGCAACCACGCACUCGACGUCCUCGAAGACAGGCGCUACGAGAUGACGUUCGACACGACUCAUGCCGAGUUCGCAGCGAUCAUGCGUAGGGAUCCUCGUACUGAUCAAAUGAGCGGAGAUGAGACGAGCUACAUCUUCGAAAAGCUCAUGGACAAGAUCAGGAAGCGCGCCGAAGAAGACCGAUUCGCCAACGAGCGCCACCAACGCAAGGCCAUCGAUGCCCUGCGCAGCGUCAUCAAGCAUCUAGACCCCCCGGUCCGCAUCAACGACACCUACGAAGACGUAGCGCCAAGGCUGCAAGGCUUUGAAGAAUUCAAACUACUGGAAGACGACGCCGCGCGCCGCAACGCCUUCGAAAAGCACCUGCGACGCCUCAGAGACAAGGAAGAAGACGCGGAGCGUGAUCGCGCGCGCCGCGAUAGGGAUCGCGAUCAUCGCCGCACCGAGUCCCGGCGUGAUGGAGAACGUGACCGCGAGCGUCGUCACCGCACCCGCACCCCGGAAAUCGACGCGUACGAAGCUGAUCGGCGAAAAGCGAUGGCGGAUCGCGAGAAGCAGUAUCGCAAGACAUCCUUUGGACUAUCUCCGCCGCCUCGCGACCGCAGAGAUGAGCGCGACGAUCGGUAUCGCCGACAUGAGCGGGAGGGGUUGUCAGGGUAUGAGCGCGAGCGGCGGGAGCGUGAGAUGGAGCGAGAGCGCAGCUAUACCAGCCGCGCAGAUCCAAGGGAUAAGGGUAGGACCCUCGAUUACGGCGACGACGAUGUUGUCGGGAGCCGGCCGGGCUCGGUGAGGAAGAGGCGCGAGUCGGAUGGUAGUGGGAGUGGACGGCGGGAUGUCAAGCGAACCCGUCGCGGCCGGACGCCCGAGCCGAUGGAAGCAAUGGUCAAAGAGGAGUCUCCGGCUUUGCAGAGCGGUAGCGAGGAGGGCGAGAUCGAGGAGGUUUGAAGCGUGCUCCAACGGCGAGAGGCAGUUCUGUCAGGCGGCUAACCGGUCGAUCACAUCGAAACCACAAAGAGUAAUGGACGCGAGAUGGCAGGGAGGUGGACAUGGAAACGCCAUAGGCGAAAAGCAAGCUUCUGGUGGCCAUGAGCUGUUCAAGUGGCAUCUUUGAGCUGGUACACCUUACCCAACUGCGCGAGCUUCACUGAAACCCCCGUUCAGGUCCGGCGCUCUCGAUGGUCAGAAUUCGACCUCUCGCUUAAGGACGACUUCGGACUACGACUGGUCACUUUUAUCGUGAUUGCAGCUUGCUGAGCAUCACGUACUUGCACUAUGCCGUGCGCUUUUCCAGAACCGCUAAACACGUGAGGACAGCGAGUGUGCGAGCCAAUGUGAGAUGCGCGACAAAGGCGGUGGAGCAA